UGGUCAUCGUCGUAGCUGAUAGUAGUUGUAAAAAACGUGAAUAAUUCGCACAAACAAAGCCUCUCUUUUAACGUAGAAGCAGAGAAAGCUCAGGAGAAGUUUCUUUCCGGAUUCGGAUUCGGAUUCGGGUCACUUCAAAGCGAAAUUCUUUGCCUGUUUGGUUCCAUUAAACCCUAGAUUCAUCUCCCAUUAUCUACCAGAUCCGUUGCCGUGUUGUUAAUUUCCUCGGUUUUGCUCUUAAGUUUGCUGUUUUUGAUUUUUUAUCGUUUUAUUUAUUCAUUUAAUUUCGUUUAAUUUUCUGUUUCCGGUAUCAUUAUUUUUCACGUUCAAUUCAAACAAUGUACGCAUGAUUAACUGUUUUUUGAGUUUAUAAAGCACGCUUUUCAUGUCGUUUUGAUGAAGCUUUUGUCGUCUGGAGUUGUUUACUGUAUUCUGAGUAACCAUUGAUUUGUCUCUCAUGAAAUUUUGUGCAUGCAUAUGUUUCGGUUUUGAAAGUUGAAACGUUAAUCUUGUUUUAUUGCUCUGUAUUUUUUCUCUUGUGCUAAAUUUUAAAACUAUUAGCUGCAUUGCUGCGAGAAAAAAAAAUGUCAAAGAAAUUAAGCCUACGUUGAAUAUGCGAGAUUUUUUUUAACAUGCAAUGUAUUAUUUGUAAUGUGCAAAACAAGAUAAUAGAAAAGAAAAUUAAUGUUUUGAAUUCACACUUGUAAAAAGUUUUAAGUUGAUUAAGCACAGUAGUUUUUUUUUUUUUUUAAAUCUGAUUUAUUGAGACUGUAAGUGAAAAAAUUCAGUUUGAGUAUGGAUAAGUAAAUUUUUUUUUAAUGUUUUCUAUAUUCAAAGGAACUGGUCAAAAAUUGAAGAAGAUGAUUUUGGUGUUUUGAAUUCAAUGUUGCAGGCAGGGCCGCUAAAGUUACUGCUGAAGAAUGGAUUUAGAGGAUAAAUUUCUAGCUAAAGUUUCUGGUGUUCAAAGCCUUUCUUCCAGCGUGCAAAGCACGCCCGAGAAAAAUGGGAAUUCAGACGAUGCAUCAAGAAGUCCAGAACUCCUUCAAGAAUUUCUUAAUUCUGGCCCAAAAACGGAGCUUCUUCAAACUUGCUUCAAUAAGGACAAGAAGCACACAGCUUCCUCUAAGAGCAAAGCAACAGAAUUGAUGAAGACAAGUAGAGCAAUUAAGAAGCAGGAUUUGAAAAGAGUUUCUUCUAGUCCCAACAAUCAGCCUUCCUCUAAGAAGCAACAAAGAAAGGCAGAAAACCCAACACGUCUUUUGCCCACUUCAGAGCAGCCAUCAGAUUUUGGAUGUUCAAGCUCAUGGAUAUGUAAAAAUUCUGCUUGUAGAGCUGUUCUAUCUAUUGAUGACACAUUUUGCAAGAGGUGCUCUUGCUGUAUUUGUCAUUUAUUUGAUGAUAAUAAGGACCCUAGUCUCUGGUUGGUUUGCACUUCUGACAAAGGUCAGGGGGACUCAUGUGGCUUAUCAUGUCAUAUUGAAUGUGCUCUUCAGCGUGAAAAGGUGGGUGUUGUCGAUCUGGGGCAACUGAUGCAGCUAGACGGUAGUUAUUGCUGUGCUUCUUGUGGUAAAGUUACCGGGAUACUUGGAUCUUGGAAGAAGCAGCUAAUCAUGGCCAAGGAUGCUCGCCGUGUUGAUGUGCUCUGUUAUAGGAUUUACCUAAGUUACAGGUUAUUGAAUGGGACUUCAAGGUUUAAAGAGCUGCAUGAAAUCGUGGUAGAUGCGAAGGCCAAAUUAGAAACAGAGGUGGGCCCUCUGAACGGUGUGUCUGCCAAAAUGGCACGUGGUAUUGUCAGCAGACUCCCUAUUGCUGGUGGUGUGCAGAAACUUUGUUCUCUUGCAAUUGGCAAAGCUGAAGAGUGGUUGGCUACCAUAUCUAAUGGGAGUUCGAACUGCAGAGAGGAUUCACUUCCUGCGGCUUGCAGGUUCUUAUUUGAAGAAGUGAAAUCGACUUCUGUCGUUAUCAUUUUAAUUGAAAUGUCUAAUCCAUCAUCUGAUGAAAUUAAGGGCUACAAGCUCUGGUAUCGCAAGAGUAGACAAGAGGUGCCAACAAAAGAUCCUAUUUGUGUGUUUCCAAGAGCUCAGAGGAGGAUUUUGAUAUCCAAUCUGCAGCCCUGCACAGAGUACACUUUUCGGAUUGUUUCAUAUACUGAAGCUGGCGACUUUGGUCACUCUGAGGCUAUGUGUUUUACCAAGAGCAUAGAGAUAAUUCACAAGAAUCCUAAUUCUUCAGUUGCCAAAAAUGGAAAGAAAGAAAAUAAUACCUCAGGAGAAGGUGUCAGUGGCUCAAUUAGAGAGACUAAAUCUGCAAAUUCGUCUGGCUUUAAGGUUCGAGAGCUUGCAAAGGUUUUGCAUCUGGCCUGGGCUCAAGAGCAAGGAAACUUUGAUGGUUUUUGUAGUGCUGAUACAGAAAAAUGUUGUGGUGCUACUGAAGUGACAGUACCUGUAACCUUAAAAGAUGAGCUGCCAUCUGCUUCUCGUGGACUUGAUUUAAAUGUUGUUUCAGUGCCUGAUUUGAAUGAAGAGCUGACCCCUCCGCUCGAGUCCUCGAGGGAUGAAGAUAACGGAUGUACUUUGGAACAGACUGUUGAGGCAGAUGAUGAUGCUGCUUCACAUGAAAUAAAGAAGAAUGGUUUAGCAAGAUCACAUGGUAGUGGUGACUCGCAGACCUGGACUGAUGGGCCAAGCGGAGAAGUGCCCGCUGUUGAUUCUGGAGCAGAGUUGUGCAGGAAAAGGACUGCACAUUCCAGCGAGGAGAUGCAUGAUUGUGAUAGCACUUUAAUAAAUGGGUCACCGUUCCAUGUAUCCAAUGGCUCGGGUUGCUUGGAUGAGAAUUUCGAAUACUGUGUGAAGAUAAUUCGAUGGUUGGAAUGUGAAGCUCACAUAACCCAGGAUUUCAGGUUGAAAUUGCUGACAUGGUUUAGUUUAAGAUCAACAGAACAAGAACGCAGAGUGGUUAACACUUUUAUCCAGACCCUGAUUGAUGAUCCUAGUAGUUUAGCAGGACAGCUAGUCGACUCAUUUUCCGAUAUGAUUUCCAGCAAGAGGCCACGGAAUGGUUUCUGUAGUAAGCUGUGGCAUUAAACAAAAGAUGAUGGCACAUCCUAAAAUACAGGAUUGUUGAUUAUUUUCGUUCUAACGACAAAAUACCUCUGAUUGUUUCACCGUUCUUUGUACAGGUAUUAUUUUGCUAAGUCGCUUUAGAAAGUGAUUCAUUAAUGCUAUAUGGGCAUCAUUGUCCAGCUAAAAGAUUGGUUGCUGAUUGCGAAAUAGAUGCUCCCAUUUUUUGAAGGCAAAAGUCUAUUAUUGGAUGAGAGGCUUCAUUCUGUAAAAGAUGUUUGCCAGUGAAGCUUCAUUAUGUGGAAAGGCAUUUGCAAUUCCUUAAAUCUGUGCUAAUUGCAUUUGUAAGAAGACAAGCAGUAGUAGAGUGUAGUUAUGAUGAACAUGUCCUCCAUCAUUGUCUUUGCGGAUAAAUCUAUUAUGUUGCCUUCUUCAAUUUAAAGAAGGGUACAUUAUUUAAUUAAUUUAUGGAUGGACGGACGGAUUUAAGGGUUA